AUGUGCAUGCUCCUGCUCCACCCAGUUCCCAGGGCCCCCUUACCGGAGGAUGCUGAGCAAUUGAUGAUUGUGCCUCGUGAUCAACGAGCUAGAUCAAACGCCAAGGUGAUCAAGAAGUGCAUAGCACCGCUACAUGGCUUUGGCAAGCUGUGGCUCCGACAGUUUGAAAGGUCUUCCGACAAGCAUCCUUGCAUUGAGGAGGAGAGUUCUCGAGUGGGAAGAAGGCCCCCGGCUGCGUGCAGAGAAUACGGCAAGUUGCUUGGGCGCUUGGUUCUUGGCCAUGUGACAUGCCUUCCAAGGGCGUUCGCCACUGCCGCAGGAGUCCGAUCACCAGGCGAUGCAUCGCUUUGGGCGGUACUGGCGCUGGGCAGAUGUGUAGCAUCUCGCAAGCAUGAGGGGCUACGCAUGAACGAGUUGCACAGUACGCGUUUCCCACGCAUGUCUUGGCGCGAGGCUGGGAGGCGUCAGGACGUGGGAGAUUGGGUAGGGGGGCAUGUCAAGCACGACUCCUUUUGCUCUGCUAGCUUUUUGCCGGACAAUCUCACGAGCUCAUCGGCCUAUGUAACCAUGCUCAUGUGGGAAUUUCACGGGGCGAAGCCAAGGGAAGCGGAUAGAAGGGUUCGGACAAAGGCAGCCACCGAGGGGCUUGGCGUUAGCUGGAAGGGGAAGAAGCGGUGCGAAGAGGAACGCAUCAGCCGGCCUGCUGGCGUGCACCGUGGACUGCACCACGUCGAAGCCGUUUACUCACACCUGACCUCGACCGGCUGCGCAGAAACUGCAACAGCCAUAAGGAAGGCGGCGACAACGGCGAAAGAGAACUUCAUGUUGAAGAUGGAUAGGAGAUUGGGGAUGAUGACGAGUGGCUUGGCUGAUGGCGAAUACACCUUUGGUUGGACGUGCGGUUGCACUGAGCUCUCAUCCAACAACAUCCUUCAAGCCACUCAGACGGCCGCACCCUGCUGGGAGGUGCAUCACUUGAAGGGCACUAGCCCACUUCCCAAGGCUCGAUAUGCAUACAUAUGUACCGCAGGGGAGUACUCAUGUGCCUGCCCUGGGAGAGUGAAGGAGUGGCCUGCUGGCUUGGUAUGGCUUGGGCUUUGUACAUAUGUCCGAACGCAAGAAGCAGGCCGAUUUGGCAGUGCAAGGCUACGUGAAACCCGCCUGCAAUGUCUCGGGUUCUGGAUUAGCGCAGGCACAGGCCAGGGUACUGAGCACGUUGACAGGCCAGAGGGUGGCAGGGGCAGAGCACUAGGGUAG